AUGGUAGUUACCACGACAGGCGCUUCUUUCAAGGUUGCCCUGUUGCAAACGAGACCCAAGCCCCUCGAUGCCGAAUACAACUUCUCCCAUGCCGCUAAGCAGAUUCGCGACGCUGCUGCCCAAGGAGCAGCGCUGGCUGUCUUGCCCGAAUACCACUUGACAGGUUGGGUACCAGACGAGCCAUCCUUCGCCUUGACUGCAGAAAAGGCCCUGGAAUACCGGGGGAAAUACCAGAAAUUAGCUGCAGAGCUGCACAUCAACAUCUGUGCUGGGACUGUUGUUUCUGAGGCCCCCAGCCAUGGCUCUGAACACAGCAGGCCAGCCCUCCUCAAUACCUCCGACUUCAUCGACCAUAACGGUCGCCUUCUUGGUUCCUACACGAAAACGAAUCUCUGGAUCCCCGAGCGACAGACACUGACUGCAUCUGUCGAAUACGCUCGUCGGCUUGGAGAGGACAGAAGCCCAUCCCAGAUGCCUCAUCGCAUUAUAAACACACCCCUCGGCCCCGUUGGGAUUCUGGUCUGCUGGGACCUCGCAUUCCCAGAGGCAUUCAGGCAGCUUGUUUUAGCUGGUGCCAAAAUUAUCAUCAUGCCCUCAUACUGGGGCUCUUCAGACAUGUCCAGCGAGGGACUUGCAUACAACAAAGAUUGCGAGAAGAUGUUUGUGCAGAAUGCACUCGUUACUCGCGCCUUUGAGAACACCGCUGCCAUCGUCUACUGUAAUGCUGGCGGUCCUGUACAGGAGGGCUUCUUCGGGUGCAGUCAAGUCGUCCUGCCCAUUGUGGGAACUGUUCCUGGAAGCUUUAGUGACAGCGAGGAGGGGAUGCGUAUUGUGGAGGUGGACAUGCGCACUGUUGAUAUUGCAGAGAGAAACUAUAAGAUCAGAGAGGACUUGGGCAGGCAGGAUUGGCACUAUGGGUAUUCCAGAAUUAUGUAG